AUGUCUUCCGAAAUGGAUUUUCUUAGUAUUUAAAAAGUGAUUGGUGAAAAAAAAAGUGAUAUUCUUGAUUUGGUUCGAAAUAGAAAGGAACGCCAAGAAUCAUAAAGGGAUUAUAAACAAGUUGAUAAACAUUCAAAAAGAUAACAAAUUCAUUAUUUAAAAACUAAUUAAAAGUUAAGACAAAUUUUGAAAAAAUAACAAAUGGAUGAAGGAGAUCCCUAGGAUUAAUGGAAAAUAAAGAUUCCUGGAAAAAUAGAACAUAAUUAAAUAAGUCAAGAGGAGUUAAAAAAGAUGAUAGAAGAUGAUGAGUAGUUAAAGACCUUACCAUUACUUGAUAUUCAAAUUAAAGAGUAAUAUUUCUUAAGAAAAAUUGAAAAUCACAACAACUAACUAUAAUUAAAACAACAAUACUAAGAAUUAAAAUUAAAAAACGAUUUAUUAGAAUAAAAAAGUGAGGAAUAAUUAAAAUUAGAGCUCUUAAGAAUAAAAUACAAACACAAAGAAAUUCUAGAUCAAUUAGAACAAAAACAAGAAAAAAAGUGGAAGUCAUUCUCUGAAUUCCAAAAAAAUAUGAAAUAGUUAUAAGAGGAACAUAAUUAGUUUAUAAAGUAAUAAUAAUAUUAAUAACAAAAAUAAAAAGACGAAUAGAAGGAAGAAUAAUUCAAAAAUGAAUAGGAAAAAGAAAAAAAUUAUAUUGAUAUCCUCUUUAAAAAAACUAAAGUCUUAUCUGAAGACAACUUAGAGUGCUCAAUUUGCUCACAAGAAUUCCGAAAUGGUGAAAAAUUAGCUUUAUUGAAUUGUAUUCAUAGAUUCCAUGAAAUUUGCUUUAAGUAAUGGAGUUAAAAGUCAAAUUAAUGUCCCUACUGCCAAUACCGUAUUUGA